UGUAGUGUCUAGCCGGCAAUGACCACAGUCGAAUGCCAUAAACCGUGUAAACUGUAAAAGUGCGCUCGAUCUGUCCAUCCCCGAGUUGCGCAUGGUCCUUUCCCGCCGCGCACCGGCUUUGUGUGCCGCCUCCGUUCGUCGUAAGUCGUGCGACGCAUACAAUUAUCCUCGUGUGUUAUUAUCUACCAACGAAAGUGUAAAUAUCAGAUGGCGCGCGUAUUUUGUGCGUGAUAGAACGGAAUAUUUGAUUCAAUUUUUGAUUCCAACGCGUUUUGUGAACAAUACUCGACAUUAAUUUAUAAUCAACAGGUUCGCACGAAGGAAACGGGUUAAAGUAUGUGUAUUUACCCGAUUACAUUCUCUGGUUAACCGUGGGAGUGUGAGGAAUGAAUAGUUUUGAGUUAAAGUAUUCGUUAGCAAGCUAAGAUUUAAAACUUUAAUAUUGCGUGGUAAGGAUGACGCCCACAUUGUGUCGGUGCGUGUAACAAUGCCGUUGGGCACCUCGCCGCCGCCGGACGCUCCAGUUGAGAUUCCGAUGGAACCGAUGGGAAGAUACAAGCAAAAUGGAAAUGGUACAAAUCACACGCAUACCAGUUACACUUCUCAGACGCUGUGUCCAUCCGCAUCCUACACGAAUAACCUUGCCUGUGAAUUAGGUGGUGUUGCAGGAACUGAAAGUCCUGCCGGUCCAACCAAGAAGAGUCUCUACGAAAACAAUGGGGUCGCCGCGUGCUCUCAGAAGCGUGCACUCUUCAUCGCCACCGUCGUUUUCGCUCUGCUCUUCCUCACGUCGGUCAUCAUCGCAUAUACAGGUCCACAAAGCGACUGCACGUGCGCCGGGGAGAAACCCCCUAAUUUCGUCGACGAGGAUUGGAACGUGACGAAAACGUUCGUCCCUCGCGCGACGAACGGCCAAAUAUUCCCAUGGAACAACGUUCGUCUUCCCCCUUAUAUCAAACCGACCCGCUACAAUAUUACCAUUCACCCGAAUCUCACCACGCUCGAAGUAAAAGGUCAAGUUUCCAUAGAAUUUCACGUAGAAAAAGAUACUCACUUUAUUGUUCUGCACAGUAAAAACCUUUCUAUCACUGAUAAGAUGAUACAGGACCGAAAAGGACACAACUUAAGGAUAACUAAGAUGUUGGAAUACACCGGUGCUCAACAAAUUUAUAUAGAGAUUAAGGAUAAAUUUCGUAAACGCAACAAUUAUACAUUAAAUAUUAGAUACACGACAAAACUAGGGAUGGAUUACGAGGGCUUCUAUGUUUCUACUUAUACCAACGAAAAUGGGGAUACCAGGUUCCUGGCGACGACUCAUUUUGAGCCGACGUAUGCCCGAGCGGCCUUCCCUUGCUUCGACGAGCCGCAACUCAAGGCGAAAUUCAAAAUGUCCAUAUUUCGGGACCGUUUCCACAUAGCGCUGUUCAAUAUGCCGGUUGUGACCACCGAAGAUGUUGGCUUUUACAUGGGUACUGGUUUGCUGCGUGACGAUUUUAAAGAGUCCGUUGAGAUGAGCACUUAUUUGGUGGCUUUCGUAAUCUGCGAUUACGAACACGUGAAUACUAACUCCGAUCGUGGCUUUCCCGUCACCGUUUACACACCGCCAACUUUUACUUCCCAAGCGUUCUUUGCCCUUAAUAUUACCACGCAUAUUAUGGAUUAUUACGCUGAUUUUUUUAUGGUGCCAUAUCCAUUACCCAAACAAGAUCUUGUUAUAAUACCCGACUUUGCAACGGGUGCAAUGGAGAAUUGGGGAUUGAUCACGUUCCGUGAGUCUUCCUUGCUCUUUGAUCCCGUGGAAACCUCAACAGCUGCACAUCAAAGCAUCGCAGUUAUAAUCGCGCACGAGCUCGCACACCAGUGGUUCGGCAACUUGGUCACGAUGAAGUGGUGGAACGAUUUGUGGCUGAACGAAGGAUUCGCCAGCUUUUUGGAGUAUCUUGGCGUCGAUAAUCUUUUCCCCGAAUGGAAGAUGAUGGAACAGUUCAUUGUAGAUAAAACGCAGCCAGCGUUAGCUUUAGACGCGCUUUCCAGCAGCCAUCCAGUGUCCGUACCUGUUCAUGACCCGAAUGAAAUCGAAGCUAUUUUUGAUACAAUCUCCUUCAGCAAAGGUGCCGCCAUUUUGCACAUGCUGGGGAAGUUUCUCCAACAGGAAACUCUUCAAAACGGUCUCAAUGAUUAUUUAAACACGUAUAGAUUUAAUAACGCCGACACCAAAGAACUUUGGAAUGUGUUCAGUAGAAAUACAAAUCAAUCUCUAGAUGUUAAGCUAAUUAUGGACACAUGGACACAACAAAUGGGUUUUCCAUUAAUUACGAUCACACGUGAGGACAACGAAAUAAUAGCAACUCAGGAACGUUUCCUUCUAACAACCGAAGGUGUCAAUAGCACAGCAAGAUCAAUGCCAAAAUCCAAACACGAGUACAAGUGGUACGUGCCAUUAACAUACAUCGCCGACAAUGAUACCGAAUGUGUUUAUAACGUCUGGAUGAAUAUGUCCGAUGUGCGAUUUGAAAUAGACCCGGAUGUGAAAUGGAUCAAAGCUAACGUCAAUCAAUCAGGUUUCUAUCGAGUGAUGUAUGAUGAUGCCAUGUGGGCGGCUAUUAUCAACACUUUGCGUAAAAAUCACACCGUGUUCAAUGCUGCCGACCGCGCGAGUCUCAUCGACGACGCGUUCACUUUAUGCAGAGCUGGAUUACUGAACGCGACUGUCCCGUUGGAGAUGUCGCUGUAUUUGAUCAACGAACGGGAUUACGUUCCGUGGGCAACCGCUAUUGAACACUUUCAAUCAUGGAGUCGCAUUCUCUCUGAAUCCCUGUCAUACAAACUCUUUUUACAGUAUAUGCGGAAAAUUAUGACACCAGUUACGAAAUUCGUUGGUUGGAAUGAUAAGGGACCUCACCUCAAAAAAUUAAUGCGAUCAAGCAUUUUAUCCACUGCCGUUUUGUGCGAAAUCAACGACACUGUUUCGCAAGCAAAAACCGUCUUUCAAAACUGGAUGACUAAAAAUGAAACUGUUCCCUCCGAUUUAAAGGAAGUUGUAUACACGGCUGGUAUUAAAUAUGGCGGAUUGGCGGAAUGGCAGCACUGCUGGGACACUUACAACACGACCAAAGUCGCUAGCGAGCGCAAAUUGCUCCUGAAGGCAUUGGGCGCCGCGUCUGAUCCUUGGCUCCUGCAACGGUACUUACUGGAGACGUUGGAACGCGACAUGGUUAAACCACAAGAUGUGAAGAUUGUAUUGGCGGUUGUUUCCGCCAAUCCUGAAGGUCGAUUGCAUGCUUGGCGACAUCUUAAGGCAUAUUGGCCGACAAUGCAGUCGCUGUUCGGCAACGCCACUUUCAUGAUGGGCGGCCUCAUAUCAGCCGUCACCGCACACCUGUCGACACCUUACGAUUACUACGACGUGUCUACCUACUUCAAAGGAAUGCAUGUGGGUUCGGCAUCGCGCGCACUGGAGCAGAGCCUCGAAACGAUCAAGUUGAACAUCAAUUGGGUGACGCAGAACCAGGCGGAAAUCUACAAAUGGUUGCGUAAUUACGUCAACCAGUAGUGUGGUCCAAAUCGCAUCAAUUUUCUACACCAAAUCGAAUUCUACCUACAAUGCAUUCGAUACGAUUCGCCAGCAUAAUUAUUUCGCUCGCGCUCGAUUCGAGUUUCUCGUUUACUUAUCGCAUUCAAUAGUUUCCUAUGAAUAAUUAACUACAUACUUCCUAAUUUCGUCCUUUCAUAGAAACGCCAGUGCAGCGUGCAAACAUUAAAACAAUGACUGCGCGCACCCGGCUUCGAUGUGGAAUCUAUUCACAGGCAAUGCAAAUAGUCAAAGUCAACGUUAACAUGACGUAACGAGACAAUGUUUGCGAUUUCGUCGAUUCAUUUACAACUUUUGUGAUACUCGGUUUAUUUGCUCACUUGUUUAUGUAAAUGUUUAAAUGUGAAUUUUCCAUAUUGGAUGAUACCCUUAUUAACUGCAUAAGUAACCAUGCUAUUUCUGUAUUUAUAAAGUAAAUGUUUUGUCGAUGUCAAUAAGUAACAAGGCCCUUAGAAGACGACAUAUGGUAUGUUCAAGGUGACCAAUUACUAUUCGCGAUGUAAAAACUGUUGCACAAUGAUACGACUUCUUCAUAGACUACGUACCGUACGUAGUGUAUGCGAGCCUUGUAAGAGCCUUGUUCAAAUAUUUAUUUUUGUAUAUUAUAGACAAAAUAUGUCAGAAUAUCUUGCUAUACAUAUGAGUAUGUAAAACAUUCCUAACAAAUAUCUCUCUAAAAAAGAUAGAAAAUGAAUUCGUAAUUGUUGUUCACGCGUCUGUGGCCUGCGUUCGCGCGGACAACAUUUUUUUAUACUACUGCUGUAUUUUUAUGACAAAGCCAUGGCAUCAGAUCGUAUGAAUGAACAUGAAAAUAUAUAAAAUGUCAGACUCCAA